AUGGAUUCGUCGAAAGCGAUCUUGUUCCCUGUGAUAUCCGAAAAUACGCUGAUGAAGAACAUCGAGGCCCUCGAAAGGAAUUCUCUGACGCAAGGGUGCAUAAGCAGACCGAUAGUGAGGGCUGCUGGAGUCCUCGGGAGGGACUGUUCCACCGAGAUCAUCGACGUGAACAAACUGUCCCAAAAGAGCACAUCGGUGAUACAAUAUGUCGAGGUUGCUGAAACGGAAGGUCGGCUGUAUUGCGUGGACGGUCUCGUGAGUACGUCUUGCUGGUUGAAAAUCGUCACGUUCGCCAAGGAUUGUCAAAGCUGCAACGUUCUUCUGAUGACCACCGAGAAAGGAGUGAUGCUGAAGACGAUAAGAAUCGUAACUCCAGGCGAACCGUUGCUGAUGUGGUUCACCGAGAAUAUUUUAGCUAUGCUGAACAUGCCGUUCCUCACACCGUCCAACAUUCAAGGUCAGAACCGUUACAUCUGCCACAUGUGCAACAACCUGUUCGAGUACCCAAAUCCUUUGAAGAUCCACCUAGCCCUAAAGUGCAAUCGACUGGACGCUAAUCAUCUUUGGUCCGUGCUGGCGAAAGAGUUCAGUUUGUCGCCGAGACCGAGCCUGUCUCUCAGCCUCUUCCCCCAAUCGACUUUCAGAUUCGAACUGACCAGAUCACCGCAAACUUCGCCCAACAGGAUAUCCCCGAUAAUAGUCGAGACCAUGGAUUCCAGUGCCUCCGUGACGAACAACGAUUCGCCAAAUUCCUCCAAUCAACCCUCGCCUAAUUCCUCCUCCACGCAAAUUUCGCCCAACUCCUCCACGCAAGUGUCUCCCGUGAGGAAAGACACGGGUUACAGGCAGUCCGCUUUCAAGCCGUACGCGAACCAAAGCAAUUUCUUCGCCAAUGUCUGCCCGCUGACGAGGGACGAGAACGUCGUGACGUCGUACAACGUUCAAACGACCGCUGCACCGCUCUCCACGGACGUACACGCCGCACACAUGGAAACGAUAGUCAGCAAUCUUGGGAAAUCGAAGCAAGGACACCUCUGUAUCUACUGUGGAAAAGUCUACUCGAGGAAAUAUGGGCUUAAGAUUCACAUCAGAACCCAUACUGGUUAUAAACCGCUCAAGUGCAAGUAUUGCCUACGACCGUUCGGAGAUCCUAGCAAUUUGAACAAGCACGUUCGAUUGCACGCCGACGGUGAAACGCCCUAUAGAUGCGAACUGUGCGGAAAAGUGUUGGUUAGAAGGAGAGACCUUGAGAGGCACGUGAGAUCGAGGCAUCAGGAGAACGUGGAACAGACUUCGGACACGUCGUCAGACGGAAUCGACGUUUAG